GUGGGUGUCUGGUUACCAGGGCUCGUGGAGCCGCUCCUGCUGCUCCCACGCAGCAAGAGCCAGCUCCCAUUGAAAUGAACGACGCAGAUGAGCAGAUUGCUCGCUUUCUCGCCAAGCGUGCUGGAAAGGCCAGCGGCGCCACCGCACCUGCACCGGCCAAGACUGCCACGACAACACCUGCCACUGCAUCACGGCCCGCCAUCAAGCGGUGCUCUGCGCCAGGCACACUGACCUUGCCCAAGAGCCUCGAGCGGCUGGUGUCCGUCAUCUCCGGGGUGCUGCAGCUCGACGUGCGCACAGAGGUGUCUGAGACCGCCACCACUGCAACAUACACGGCAGGAAAGACCGACGCCCCUGCGCAGGGCAUCUUUGCAUGUGUCCAGGCCAUGUGCGCUCAGCACCCGAUGCUGCAGGGCGGCAACGUGGAGGAGAUGUGCGCGCGUGCGGAGGCGCUGGUGGCGGUACAGGAGGGCCGCGGUGCACAGAUCCGUCGACAGGAGCUGGCAGAGAUCAACGCCAUCAUCAACGACGCUGCCACCAUCACUGGAGGUGUUGCAGGUUCAUCGCCCUCACUGGCGGACUUUGCCAUGUGGGCCGCCGUCUGCACCAUCAUGUCACAGGUGACGUACGCGGACUACCAGGCGUGCCACGACCUCAUCCGCUGGCUCGACGCUGUCCAGCACACCCCGGGCAUCAAUCCAGCAGCCAGGCGCAACGUGGUGCUGAAUCCGGCGGUGCACAUUGCGCACCAGAUCACCGCCGCCAACGCAUAGCCCGCGCACACACGCAGGUGUUGACUGGGAUGUGUGUGUUGUGGUGUGUGUCGUUUGUUUGUUUCAAUGCCGGUGGUGUUUACAGCGUUCAGUUGCGAAUAAACGCCAGUGAACAGCAACA